AUGGAUUUUAGUGCCCCAAAGAUCACUGAUAAUAGAGGGAAACGGUUGAGGGAUGAAAGGCGGAUUCCAGAAAGCAAUGGCCAUAGUCGUUAUCAGAUUCUGUCAACGGCCUGCAUAAUGAAGUUAGCCAGAGACAAGUUGCAACAGAUUAAGUCUGGAGAAACACCUGCUUCUGAAGCUGAUUCUCAUCUCCCUUUUGAAGCUUCUGAGGACUUGGAACUUGCAAUAUUACUUCAAGCGGCUGCGGCUAAGGUGGCUAAUCAAGAAUGGUUUCAGGCAGAGAAGUUGCUAACCUUUUGUGAUCUCUCAGCUUCACCGGGUGGUAAUCCUGUUCAGCGAGUCGUGUACUACUUUUCUGAAUCUCUUCGCGAGAGGAUUGAGCGCGAAUGUGGAUUACUCCUUUCAGAAGAAUUUGAAAAAUUGCGAAUAGAGAAAGCGAUGGAUGUUCAGCAGGCUGAGAUUCAUCUGCAACCUGAAAUGAUGGAAUGCCAACAAGAAGUCCCCAUCAGACCGGCUUCAGAGUCUGCAGCGAUCCAGGCGAUUCUGGAUGCCGUGGAAUCUUCCAAAAGGGUUCACUUAAUAGAUCUUGGAAUCAACAACGGCUCCCAUUGGACUCAAAUUAUUCAGCAUUUCGCAGUCAGGUACGAUUGUCCACUUGAAAUUCUCAGGAUUUCGGCCGUUGGAAGCUGUAAAGUCUUGCUUGAAGCUACAGGAAAGCGGCUGUCAUCUUUUGCUAGGAGUCUUAACCUGCCCUUCUCAUUUCACAUGAUCAUCUCAGAGCUAAAGGACCUGAAUGAAGAACUAUUUGAUAUUGAGUCAAAUGAAGCCGUGGCUGUUUAUUCGGAAUUCAGGCUUUCAACUCUGUUACCAUGGCCUGAUCACUUGAAAAACCUUAUAGGAGUGGUUACAAAUCUCAAACCUCGGGUCAUGGCGAUCAAAGAAAUGGAGGCAAGCAUGAACAAUGGGGACUUCUUAGAUCGUUUCCACGCCGCGCUUUUGAUUUUCAGCGCACUGUUUGAUUCUAUCAAGGUUUGUAUGGAAAGUAGAAUCGCGUUUAGGAAAUGGAGUGAAGAAGUCAUCUACCAAAAGAUGAUACGAAACAUUGUCUCAACAGAGGGAAUCCAGAGGGUAUUUCGACACGAAAGGAUCGGUUUCUGGAGGAGGUAUUUGGGAAGCUUUGGAAUGGUGGAAACCGAUUUUAGUAGCUUGGCAAUAAGUCAAGCAACCGUGUUACUUAGGAGGUCUAAUAACUUCAGUUAUUGUGACCUUAAUAGGGAUGGGAAAAGUUUGAUUUUUGGGUGGAAAGGAACCUCAAUUCUAAAUCUAUCUGCCUGGAAAUUCCAGGAUCACUGA